AUGAUGCACGCGCCGAAUCGCAGUCGCGACGAGACUCUGUCUGCCACUGAUCCAUAUGCUGCCGCCGCCAGCAGGACUGCCGUCCCCAUUCAGAACUCACCACCAUUGUCACAAGGCUCGACAGACAACAGUCUCUCGAGCCGCGCUCGCUCACAGCGCUCGCCCAGCGCAACCAACAGCCACCUUUCUUCGUCAAGCUCCAUCAGCGGUGGACCUGGUGUAUACUCGCCAGCCAACAGCGAAUUCAGACAGUCCGUCAAAUCGAAUAACCAGGAAGCCGCAUUGGCACAUCAUUAUGCGGUCCUCAAAGUUUACCUCGCACCCUACCUAAGAGACGAGCAGGGCAACACUCGUCCUACAAGAGCCAGGGACAAGUUGCUCCGUCUGUCGCCUACACAAUUCAAUGAACUGAGUACCGACGUCUUCGACGAGCUGCAAAGACGCGAAGACGAUCGCCGACGACCAGGAGGUAUUGUGCCUCCUUCUCUCCCACCCAGGAACGUUUUCCACCCUAAGCGAAACCAAGCACGUCAGAAGUUGUCGACUCUUCCUCCCGAGCGAUUCCGACAGCUCGCAACUGAUGUCUUCUUCGAACUCGGAAGUCGAAUGCCAGGCCUUGUGGGUGCCGAUGGAGACAGACCUGCCAGUCCUACAGGCAGCGUAGCGAGUAGAGCCAGCAGCCGACAAGGACCUCCAUACGCUAUGCGCCGUCCUUCAGGCCAACAAAAUGGUAUGCGCGGACCUCCUCCAUCUGGAAUGAGGCCUGGACCACCCAGUAAUGGUCCUUACUCGCCAUACUCGCCCUCGGAUGAAAGCAUGCCCCCACCACGUACCGACUCUCGUGGUGGCCCGAUCAACGAUGAGACCGACGAAGACGACGACGAGACAUACGGCCUGGGACAAGUGUCGGCGGUUUCUGAUCUGCAUCUCGAACUGGACGAAAUCAAGAAGGAGAAUGAUAUGCUGCGAGCCAAUGAAUCCUCGUCAAAAUCACUUGAGCAUGACAGCGAUUGGCAGCAACGUUACGAAGAGUUAGAACAAGAGCUGGUGCAGCAACGCAAGGUUACAGACGAGGUGCGCCAUAAUGCCGAGCAACACUUGCAGGAGAUGCGUCUUUUGUCAGAGCAGACUGAGACGGCCCUAGAGAGGGAAGAGCGAUUGCAGGCUCGUAUUGCAGCUCUGGAAGCAGAGAACGAGCAAUGGAAGACCCGAUAUGCCAAGACCAGAACACAGCUGAGGACGCUCAAAGCAUCCUCCACUGGCCUCUCGAUAGAGCACAUGGCUCCUGGGGCACUGUCAUCUAAGCACGAGCACCUGAAGCCGAAUGGACUGGUGAAAGAUAUGGAUGUGACCAACUUCCAGAUUUCCAUCGAUGAAUUGCUUCAAGCAGCCCGCGAUACGACAUCUGCUUCGCACAUGGCACUUGAGAAGGCCAAGGACGUUGUUCAGAGCGUGCGAAACAUGACCUCUGGUGUUGACGGGUCCUUCUCGAAUCUUGGCUCUCCUCACUCGUCGACGACCCAUCUCUCGCAAAUCACUGUUGGCCCAACACCCGAGACACUCAAGACUCGCGUUUCGCGGGAUGCAAACAACCUUGUUACAGUGGCUCGCAAUCACGCGGCGGCUAAGGGACUGGCACCGGUAUCACUUGUUGAUGCAGCAGCCAGUAACUUGACUACAUCUGUGAUUGAGUUCAUCAAGAUCGUUGGUGUUUGCGACACUCACAACGAAGGCGAGGACGACGAUGACUCGUCUAUCGACGGCGAAGACAUUGAGGUUGAAGAGAUCGCUCCGCUCUCGAUGUCGAGCAACAAGCCACCACUUGUCAAAGCACCUGUCCCGCCUCAGAAGCAACAGGCCGGUACAGGGUGGUUCUCGAUGCUGAAGGGAGCAAAGAGCGAGCAUAGCGAUGACGAAGACGAAUACGACUACAGCUAG